UGCCCCAUCAUUGGUGUCAGUGGGAGGAAUAGUGUCCCAUCAUUAGUGUCAGUGGGAGGAAUUGCACCCCAUCAUUGGUGUCAGCGGGAGGAAUUGCACCCCAUCAUUGGUGUCAGUGGGAGGAAUAGCGCACCAUCAUUGGUGUCAGUGGGAGGAAUAGCGCCCCAUCAUUGGUAUCAGUGGCAGGAAUUGUGCCCCAUCAUUGGUGUCAGUGGGAGGAAUUGCGCCCCAUCAUUAGUGUCAGUGGGGAGGAGGAAUAGUGCCCCAUCGUUGGUGUCAGUGGGGGAGGAACAGUGCCUCAUCGUUGGUGUCAGUGUGGAGGAGGAAUAGUGCCCCAUCGUUGGUGUCAGUGGGGGAGGAACAG